AUGGUAAACCUAUUGAAGUCGGACUUGGAUCUUGACUUAAGGCGAGUCCCUACGUUUAAUCUUCACACAGAUUUCUGCGAUGCGUGUUUGGUACGCGAAUUCGGGAACUAUAGAGUUUAUUUGACAGGCGACAAUGAAAGUCUUCUUGCUGGCGAGAAGGCUAUUCUUUGGCUGAAGGGAGGAAUCGUGACACGGAAUCUGAAGUUUGACUCUCAGAUUAUUAGCUGCUUCUUCACCAAGCUAAAUGGAGACCGUGCUAACACUCGAUCAGAAAGAGUUUUGGUUGUGGUCCUGAAAGAACAAAUAUGUGUCUAUGAGAAAGGAGGGCGCUCCCAAAUCGUGAGUUUUCCAUUUCAUAUUCGCAAAGCGUUCAACUUUGAAAACGGCUUGGUCAUCAGUAAAGAGUUCGAAAGCUCCGCACUAGUUUCUAACGAUCCAAAUCAAGCUUCUUCAUCUCCUCUUUUGUAUGCAGGUGGCAUUCCUCCAAUAUCAGCAACAUCUAGUACAGCUGGUUCAAACGAGAGCAAUUUUCUUACCCUUCUUGACACUUUGGGUGAGCUUGGAUCCAUUGUGUCGUCGUCUACCACAUCCUUUUCCUCGAAAGAAGAAAUCAUUUCAUUUCCCUCAACAUCGGCAUAUACCAUAGCUACCACAUAUAAUCCUGUCGAGAAGGCCAUCACGGUUUAUCAUACAAGGUUUUUGCACAGAAAUAGAAGCUCAAAAUUGAGUUCAUUAUCAUACCAGAGUCUCAACAGGAGAUCAAGCAAAAAAAUAUACGUCAGCAAAACUCAAACCAACCCCCCAACUGUUAAUGCUUCUGGAUCCGUUACCGGUGGUAGUUCUGGACCGAACACAGGAUCGAAUGGCCCCAGAAUCCUUGAUGAUCAGACCUUUGACACCAAACAAACACGAUCGACCUCUGACGCAAUGUCCUACGAUAGAAUGGCAUCUGGGAGCGAGUUCAAUAUCGACACAGGCAGCUUUUUCAUGUCAGCAAAUCACCAGCAGAUAGAAACAGCUCGUUUGCGAAAGGAUAUAAUAUUUACGAAGCUGACUUCCAUAGAAUUUACGGAUGAUACCGAGUAUCUAAAGAUAUUUAACAUCUCUUACACUGACCACGAAGCCAUUGUGGUGUGCAACCGGAAAUCCCACACAAUAGAGUUUUUCAUCUUUAGCAAUCCAGGGACCUCGGUCAGCUUGCCUUCGCUGAAAUCAACAUAUUCCGUCAAAGGAUUGGAUGCUGUAUCUUUGUCAACGGUCUCAAAACAUUCGGGAUACAUCAUUUUGCUGUACGAUCUUUCGCACAUUAUCCUCGUAAACCCAUUUCUGGGACUUUUGUCAUCAACAAUCGACAUUUCUUCGCAUCUACCACCUAUUAGGUUUCUCGACGAUUGUUUCGGUUCGAACCUUUCUGUACAUUGCGUGAACGACAAACACUAUACCAUACAGUUGAACUUACAACCACAAGACAAGCUCGUUCUAACUUUAAUUGAUCUGCUCAAAUACCUUGCCAAUUCUUACACCUAUGAAUACUUUUGGCUUCAAUGGUGCGCCAAUUGCUCUCUUGAUAUACCUCAAAACAAUGACUGGCGAACAUUUAUCGUGACUUUACUUUCACUUACUCUGCCAGAUGAUUUUGAAGUUGGCACUGAGCUUAAUGAUAAAAACCUGGUGUGUUCCCUAUUACCGUACGCACAGCUGGCAAAACAAAGCAUCGAAAAUCUGUCCACAGCAUCCCAUUCUGGAGGAGCGUAUAUGCUCACAGAUUUAUUACCCUCCAUAUUCUUAUCCCUUCAUCUCGUUAGAGAGGAGCUCAAACUCAAUGUGCUGGCAACAGAGAAAAUUGAGCAGCUUUCAGUUCUCUUAGCUCAGCUCUGCAGCUGGAUGGGAUGGACCGACAACUGGUUUAAAUACUACAUGCAGGACUCCAAAACCAUUGAUCGCACAACCAGAUUUUUGACGGCGCAGCCACUGGUAUCACCACCGAACCUUUAUCAAUCGUUGGCUAGCUUGUUUUCCAGCUCCAUUGUUCCGUACGUGACAUUCUCUCAGAUUGCUGAAGAAGAUGAGACAAUUGACGAGCAAGUAACUCCACGCACUUUUUACAUUUUGCGAUUAUUCGAGGCACUCAUCUCCCCUGAAUUUCAACCGGCAGACGUUGUCAAUAUGAUGGUAGACUAUAAUAUUGAUGCUGCUAUGCUAGAAUCAUUUCCUCCGGGCGUGUAUCUGCCAUUGAAAAAUGCUAUAAUCAAUUGCAGCGAGUCCGCUUUCCAUUGGAACACGGGAGUUGACGAGCUUGAGUUGAUAGGGCGAAAAGACCUUCUGGCAUUCACCCAGAAUGUAGCCAAAGAAACAUCAAGUACAAGGCAUGAUUACACAGAUGCACCACAAAAGGAUAUGGUGCAGAUACUCAAAUUUGUCAAUGAUCACGAAGCAAUAAGUGCAUGGGAUGGUCAAGCUGAGGCUGAUAGGUUCCAGGUGACUAAACUCAUAUAUCAUGAGGACCGCAGAUUCUACGAGCUGACCAAACUUUUGCAGACAUCUCGCGUACAAACUGCAACACUGAGAACUGACGACAAAAUGGAUGAACAUGAAAAACUUGUCAGACAGCGUGCACUUGGAGCAAAGGUGGCUUUGCGAACAUUGACCAUGCCUCUGGGUAGGGGAGCUGUCUUCAUUUCGAGUAGAAAACCCUUGAUGACGGAAAGGUUCCCUAUCCCCAAGAUGAAUUUCAAUGCUCUGAUUUUACCGGACAUGAUUAAUGUCAGCUUAGAGAAAGAUUCAAUUGACCAAGAAAUGUACAAUUGGGGUUACUUCCACAACGGUGCAUCAUCAGGACUGACCAUUUCCAGGGAAUCUACGCAGAUAAAUGGUAGUUGGAUUGUGUUCAACCGUCCACCGACACUGAAUGCACAACAUGCAGGGUUCCUUCUCGGACUUGGACUCAACGGCCACCUGAAAAAACUAGAAGAAUGGCACAUCUAUAACUAUUUGGGCCCAAAACACAACUUUACAAGUGUCGGCUUACUUCUUGGAAUGGCUGCUAGUCUGAAGGGGACUAUGGAUAUCAAACUUACCAAAGUGCUCUCAGUUCACGUUGUUGCGUUAUUGCCUCAAGGAUCAACGAAUUUGAACGUUCAGUUACCUGUGCAGACAGCAGGCCUGAUUGGAAUAGGCUUGCUUUAUUUGGAGACACAGCACAGAAGGAUGACAGAGGUUUUGCUUUCUCAGAUCAAUGCAACCCUUACUUAUAAUGAAAAAGAAUUUGUCAGCGAAGGAUAUCGACUUGCGGCCGGUAUAGCACUAGGCUAUGUCAAUUUAGGAAAAGGUGAAAGUCUCAAAGCUACGAAUGACACGCAUGUCAUUGACAAGUUAUUCGCAAUGGCUGUGUCAGUAAGGGAUAUACAGACCACCGAAGAAUAUGACAAAUCGUGCGGAGGUGCCAUCUUGGCACUUACGUUCAUGUUUUUGAAAACAGGCAAUCGUGAAGUUGCCUCAAAGCUUGCUAUACCGCAAACAAUGCAAUUACUGGACUACAUAAGACCAGAUUUCCUGAUGCUAAGGUGUCUCGGGGCAAACUUGAUUAUGUGGGAUCAAAUUCGAGAUCAUAGAGAAUGGGUCGAGAUGCAGAUUCCUUCUUGUUUGUCCGAAACAUACAAUGUUGAAACGAUAGGCGAGCUGGAUAGUGAUUUCCUUCCUUAUCUAAACAUCUUAGGAGGCAUAUUGCUUUCGAUCUCGCUGAAGCACGCAUCAUCUGGAAAUACCGAGGCUAAAGAUACGCUUCUGUACUACUUUGACAGACUGAUGAGUAUAUGUGCUUUGGAGCCAAGGAAUUACGAUGAACGUGUGGCGUUGAUUGGUGCACGGAACAUUAUGGAUGUUAUGAUUCUGGGGCUGUCAAUCAUAUGUGCUGGAAGCGGCGACUUGUGCAUAUUCAGACGUUUGAGAUUUUUGCAAGGCGUGGUUGACGAGUCGAUGAAUUACGGGAAUUACAUGGCAAUCAAUUCUGCACUUGGAAUUUUGUUUUUGGGCGGCGGUCAGAAGGCUUUCCGGAAGGACAAUUUUGGAAUUGCUGCUCUUGUAACCGCUACCUACCCUGUCUACGGAACCAACAAUUAUAACACUGGCAGUGAAUGCUCAGAAAUUCAUUUGCAAGCAUUGAGACACUUUUGGGCGCUGGCAGUGGAAAACAGGUGCCUUAACGUACGAGAUGUGAACACGAAGCAGCCUAUCAAAGUUGACGUGCAAAUUGAAACAAACCUCGGGUUGCUGAUCAACCUCCAGACACCUUGUUUGAUUCCAGAACUCGAUAGCAUCUCGAGAAUAUCUGUUGUCAAUUCGGAAAAGAUCUAUUUCCCAGUGACACUCGAUUUUAGGGAGCCAGGUACAUUGGAUUCAUUCAAGCAGGCUCAUUUAAAUAUAUUUGUUUAUCGCAAAAGGGAAUACCAAAAUCUGAGGCUCUCGUUUGACGAUAUGGUCAAGCAAGUCGAGACAGAUCAGCAGAUAAGCGAUGAUGCUGAUUGCAUGAAGGAGCUGGAGAAUCUGAACAUAUUCAAGAAAUUGACCCGUUUUGAGAAAUCAACCAUGGUCGAAAACAAAAACAAAGAUCACAGGAAGAGCUCUACGGUUCUGGACUUCAAGCUUGAAGUUGAGAGAUUGGUCAAACGUCCGCAAAAUAUGGAAGAUUUGUGGAACCUUAAACUGCUUUUCAAUUUCGUUGACAAGCUACAGGGAGCCGAACAUUACGAAGCCUUUAGAGAGCCAAGUGAAAUGUCAAUGUCUGAGAAGUCAGAUAACUAUGCAGAAAGAACACAAACUGAGCUGAGCUUCCUGAAUGUAAAAUUCAUUGAAAAGCUGAAAAACGAUUUGUGGUCGUGCAUACAAAAGUCGAGCAGCUGGUCUGGUUGA